GCCUUUUCCCUCAAUGAAAUAGUAAGGGGAGGCAGAGCUGAGUGGGGAAAAAGAACCAGCUGUGGGUUUGUUCUGCUGAAAGUAAUUUCAGCACCCCUAAAUUCUUUUUUUGUUUUUGUUUUUGUUUUUUCUCUUAUCACAUUCCGGCUAAAGAGGCAACUCUGCAGAGAUGAAAUACAUCAUAGGCAUUGGCGGAGUCACCAACGGGGGCAAAACCACCUUGACCAACAGGGUCAUCAAGGCGCUCCCCAACUGCUGUGUGGUCCAUCAAGAUGACUUCUUCAAGCCACAAGAUCAAAUAGAAGUCGGGGAAGACGGCUUUAAACAAUGGGAUGUGCUGGAUUCCCUGGAUAUGGAGGCAAUGGUGAGCACGGUGCGGGCCUGGAUUGAGAACCCAGUGAAGUUUGCCCGUUCCCACGGGGUGAAUGUUACGCCUGGCUCUAGAGAGCCAGCCUCCAAAGAUACCCAUAUAUUGGUCAUUGAAGGCUUCCUGCUUUAUAAUUACAAACCACUGAUAGACCUGUUUGACAUCCGUUACUACCUGGCUGUUCCAUAUGAUGAGUGCAAAAGGAGGAGGAGUACACGGAAUUACACUGUCCCUGACCCGCCCGGCCUCUUCGACGGACACGUCUGGCCCAUGUACUUGAAACACAGGAAAGAAAUGGAGGACAGCGGCGUUGACGUGGGUAAGCCUGCUGGCACACGGCUCCUCUGGUGUUGUGCUCUGGGGAUUAAGGAAGUUGGUCAUGUAAUUCAAGGAAACUUUAACUGUGAUGAUGCAAGGCACUAUUUUUACUACUGAGUUGUAAUGCUCGCCUGCUUUUUGUCCGGAUAAAUACAUACCAUCAUAGAAUUUCUUGAGUGGAAAGACCCUUGAGAUCAUCAAGUCCAACCUUCCCUGCCCACUGCUAAACCAGAUCCCUGAGCACCUCGUCUGCCCAUCCUUUAAACCCCUCCAGGGAUGGGUAAUCCUCCACCUCCCUGGGAGCCUCUGCCAAUGCCUGAGAACCCUUUUGAUGAAGAAAUUGUUCUUGAUAGGCAAUCUAAACCUCCUCUAACACAACUUGAGGCCAUUUCUUCUCAUCCCACUCCUUUUACUCAGGAGAAGAGCCCAGCACCCACCUCACUCCAACCUCCUUUCCAGGAGCUGCAGAGAGCGCUGAGGUCUCCCCUUACCUCUUCUCCAGGCUGAACAGCCUCAGGGCCCUCAUCUGCUCCCAUAUAUACACCUUUAUCUGCAAAACAAGCCGGUUUAUAGCUAUAAACUUCUUCCCUUUGGUUUUUAUUAUAAACACUUAUGGGGGGGAGAGAAAAAAAAGCAACCUCACAUUCUUUUUAACAGGAUAAGAAUCCAGUGGGAUGUCCCUACCCAUGACAGGGGGGUUGGAACUGGGUGAUCUUUAAGGUCCCUUCCAACCCAAACUAUUCUAUGAUUCUAAGUUGUUGUUUGGCUCAAUAGAGUAUAAAAUAUUUUAUAACUCGCCUACAGACAAGUGGUUCUGCUCACAAAACCCCAGCCUGAGUCCAUCUUUCUC